CUUCCUAGGCAGUCAUUGAGCUAGUGAGACCUUUCAGCAACACUCUCACAACUUUCAUGACUUUUACGGGGCGGCCGUCAACAGAAAACAAAUCAAUAUGCCCGUUGUCAGUCCGGAGAAGCUGGCGAAGCUCCAGCAGAACCCCGACGACGUGCGAAAUGCAGGUUUCUUUCGUUUCUUCUUCCCUGCCCAAACUCGUGCAAGAUGGAACAAAAACUGACCAUGGUGUCUCUCACGCAGAUAUGUAUUCUAGCCCAUGUUGUAAGGAACUGCCCUCCCGGUGUUGGCCUCUCGCUUCUGGGCUACCACUGCCGCUGCUGUGCUGUGAAACGCAACUCACCUCUCUUUGCUCCAGGAUCACGGCAAAACAUCGCUGACUGACGCCCUCCUUGCCACAAAUGGCAUCAUCUCCCCCAAACUGGCUGGCAAGAUCCGCUACCUGGACUCCCGGCCAGAUGAGCAGCUCAGGGGCAUCACCAUGGAGUCGUCUGCCAUCUCCCUCUACUUCUCGAUGCUACGGCGAUCGAGUCCGGAGGCGGCUCCCGAAUCAAAGGAGUACCUGAUCAACCUCAUUGACUCUCCCGGCCACAUCGACUUCAGCAGCGAGGUGUCCACGGCGUCCCGCCUAUGUGACGGCGCCGUCGUCCUGGUCGACGCCGUGGAGGGAGUGUGCAGCCAGACAGUCACCGUGCUGCGCCAGACUUGGACCGAGAAGCUCAAGACGCUGCUCGUCAUCAACAAAAUUGACCGCCUCAUCACAGAGUUGAAGAUGACGCCCGGUGAGGCAUAUAUCCACCUCAGCAAGCUCCUAGAGCAGGUCAACGCCGUGCUCGGGAGCUUCUUCCAGGGCGAGCGGAUGGAGGAAGAUCUCAACUGGCGCGAGCGGAUGGAGGCUCGCGUCGCUGCUUCAGCGUCCAAGGGAUCUAAGCUCUCGGACAUGCAGCCCGACUCUGGAGAGCUGCAGUUCGAGGAGAGGGACGAUGAGGAGCUCUAUUUUGCCCCGGAAAAGAAUAACGUCAUCUUCGGCAGCGCCAUUGACGGCUGGGCCUUCACCGUGAGGCAGUUCGCCGGCCUGUACGAGAAGAAAUUGGGCAUCAAACGCAGUCUUUUGGAGAAGGUCUUGUGGGGGAACUUCUACUUGGAUCCCAAGACGAAAAAGGUGCUGGGUCCCAAGCACUUAAAGGGCAGGCCCCUGAAGCCCCUCUUUGUCCAGCUAGUGCUUGAACAGAUAUGGGCCGUCUACCAGGCGACCGUCGGCGGAGACAGCGGUAGGGGGGACGCCGGCCUCCUCGAGAAAAUCACCAAGUCCCUCAACAUCACUAUCCCUCCUCAUGUUCUCCGCUCGCGAGAUCCAAAACUGUUGCUCACCACCGUUUUUUCUUCUUGGUUGCCAGUCUCGGUGGCUUUGCUCGUCUCUGUGGUGGAAUCUCUCCCGUCGCCGAGGGCCGCGCAGGCCGAGCGCUUCCCGCUCCUACUAGAGGAUGUUCCCGGUGCAGAGCACAUCGAUCCAAAGGUCAAGGAUGCCGUGGUCUCGUUCAAAAAGGCAGCGUCGGACCCCGUGGUCGCCUACGUGAGCAAGAUGGUGUCCGUCAAGGAAAGCGACUUGCCCGAGAACAAGCGGCGUGGACCCAUGAGCGGCGUCGAGGCGCGGGAGUUGGCUCGGAAAAAGCGUGCGGAAGCUGCCCGCGCGCAAGGCAAUCUGGCCGAUGGCGACGACGUGGACGCCUUGUCGGCAGCCUUUUCCGACGCUACCAUAGAGCAGGAUGUGCCCGUGGACGACGAGAAGCAGAUCGAGCCGGAGCAUCUAAUUGGCUUUGCGCGCAUCUACUCUGGCACCUUGUCUGUCGGGGACGAGAUCUACGUCCUUCCGCCCAAGUUUUCGCCAGCACACCCCCUGGCUGAACCCGUGCCGAAGAAGGUCAAGGUGACGGCGCUCUACAUGUUGAUGGGCCGUAAUCUGGAGGCUCUCAACUCGGUCCCUGCUGGUGUGGUCUUUGGCAUUCGCGGGCUCGAAGACAGCGGGAUUCUCAAGUCGGGUACGCUCUGCAGCCAACUAGAAGGGGCCAUCAACCUGGCCGGCAUUGGCAAUCUCCAGGGCCGGCCCAUCGUCCGCGUGGCUCUGGAGCCGGUCAACCCUGCCGACCUGGAUAAGAUGAUCAAAGGUCUUCAUCUUCUCGUCCACAGCGACCCCUGUGCCGAGUAUGAGCAUUUCUCUAGCGGCGAGCACGUCCUCCUGACUGCGGGUGAAUUGCACCUCGAGCGCUGCCUAACAGACCUGCGCGAGCGGUUUGCGGGCUGUGAAAUCCAGGCUGGUGCGCCCAUUGUACCAUACCGGGAAACCAUCGUCCGUGCCGAGGAGAUGCGUCCUCCUGCCAACAAGGAGCUUGGCCGUGGCGUAGUAGUCGGCGUGACGAGCUCUAAACAGGUGACCAUCACCCUGCGGGUGCGGCCAAUGCCCCGAGAAGUCACCGAUUUCUUAGUAAAGAACUCGGCGGGCGUCAAGAGGCUGUACUCUGACCUCAAGGCUGCGGAAGAGGGCGAAGGGGGAUCACCUUCCCCUCAGCCCACCGCAGAAAAGGGCACUUCGCAAGACGACUCUGCCGAAGCGGACGACGAAGUCUCCGCGGCUCACAAAGCCUUAUCUCCCGAAGAACUUGGCAAACAGCUCCAGUCCCGUUUCGACACCGAAAAGGACCGCCUCGACAGUUGGAAAGGCAUCGUCGACCGCAUUGUAUCCUUCGGUCCGCGCCGGACCGGCCCCAAUCUUCUCAUCGAUGCUACUAAAGAACAGUUCUUCCCCAAAGCCUUCGCGCCAUACCCCAACUCCUCCGUCACCCCCGACAACCGCCCCUCGGCCCAGGAGGCCCUCAACCCGCACCACUUCUCCGACAAGAUUACUUACGGCUUCCAGCUCGCGACACACCACGGCCCGUUGUGUCACGAGCCCGUGCAGGGCAUAGCCGUCUUCAUCGAGGACGUCUCCGUCACGCCCGCCACGGCGGCGGACGAAGAGGCCGCCUCGGCGCCCGAGCGCCUUGGCCGUCUCACCGGCGAGGUGAUCAAGACGGUCCAGCAGUCCAUCCACAAAGCCUUCCUCGACUGGUCACCCCGGCUUAUGCUCGCCAUGUACUCCUGCGAGAUCCAAGCCUCCACCGAAGUCCUCGGCCGGGUCUACGACGUGCUCACCCGCCGGCGCGGCCGCGUGCAGGCGGAGGCGAUGAACGAGGGCACGCCCUUCUUCACGAUCCAGUCGGUGCUGCCGGUGGCCGAGUCGUUCGGCUUCGCGGACGAGAUGCGCAAGCGGACGUCGGGCGCGGCGCAGCCGCAGCUGAUCUUCGCCGGCUUCGAGGUGCUCGACGAGGACCCCUUCUGGACGCCCUUCACGGAGGACGACCUGGAGGACCUGGGCGAGUUCGGCGACCGCGAGAACGUGGCGAAGCGCUACAUGGACGGCGUGCGCCGGCGCAAGGGCCUGCUGGUCGAGGGCCGCCACGUGGCGACGGACGCGCAGAAGCAGAAGACGUUGAAGCGGUGAUUUUAUUUAUCAGGCACCCUGGGCGGGUUAAGAGAGGUGUGGAUGGCUGAAUGAAUGAGAAUGAGAGGGGUGUGCCUGUUUGUGAAAUAUGAAAGAAUGCUGUGAACUGAUGUUUGGAUGCACAAGCCAACCUCGACAGCAACGGCGGCGAAAGUGGUAGACAGCUGACAAGCAGAGUUCUCAAAGGCAUAUAUCACAUAAAACGAAGCAGCGUCC